UAUUGAAUAGAAGAUUUCCCUGCGAGUAGAUUUCGAGCCCUGAUUUUGGCUAUUGUUGUUCAUUUGUUUAAUCUACUUCAGUAUUACACGGGACACGAUAGACAUAUUGAGAAAACCUGCGUAAAGCAGGCUUACAUGUUAACCAUUACCAUUUUGCUACCACAUGGGUAUAGAGAACCACUACCAAAAACUUACCUUAUCAUCAAAGUCACAGCAUUUCGUUUUAGAGAUAAAAAAUAUAACACAUCCACAAGCAAUAAAAUAGGUUAUACAGUAGCUGGAGUUGUUAUCUUUAUUGUUUGUGCAUUUUGUGUGUUCUGCUGUAUCAAGUCGAGUCUCAGAUCUAGAAGAGAAGUAGGGUUGGCAUGUAUUGGCGAGGCUGUAUGUACUUGUUUCACUUGUGAAUGUUUUGACUGUACAAAUUGUCCCACGUGUGACUGUGAUUGUGAAGAUAUAUGUAAGCCCUGUGGACUGUGUUAUGCGGCCUUGGCGGGUUGUUGUACACCUUCUGAUUUUAAUGUGAGAGAUGAGAGUUACCAAGAGGAUUCGUUGGAAACAUCAGGAAUGAAUCCAGUGUCUCAAGAGCCGGUACAGACUCGCACGUCGACUUUAAUGCCAGAGCCUUCCGCACCACCACCGGAUUACCGUGCAUUACAAGGAGAUUCAUUACCGCCUCCUCCAAGUUAUGAAACCGCUAUACGUGAUAUACCCCAAUCAGCACCUCAGACCAAUCAUUGAUGACGACACAUAUACGUAUACCAACCCAAAUAUCGAUGACGUACUACAUGAAUAUUAUCAUUGAUGACGACACAUACGUACUACAUGCAUCUAAUCAUUGAUGACGACACAUACGUACUACAUGAAUCUAAUCUCUGAUGACGACACACAUACGUACUACAUGAAUCUAAUCAUUGAUGACGACACAUACGUACUACAUGAAUCUUAUCAUUGAUGACGACACAUGCGUACUACAUGCACCCAAUCGUUGAUAUCGACAAUUUCGUACUACCAUAAUCCCAAUCUUUGAAAGGAAUCAAUGACCGAACAAAUAGCCAAUGGAAAUGGCAUAUUAACGUCUCGUGAUGCUGGUUAAGCUAACUAAAUAAAAGCAUUUUUGUAUCACUUCUUCGAAUCUGUACAGUAAGCAUAAUUAACAGGACACAAUCAUAAGAGAAUGUAAAAUAUCCUAUUUCAGAUAGACAGGAAUAUAAGUGUAUAUAUUUUCGAUUCUUUUAUUACUGGUACUUCAUGACAUAAAUGCGAUCAAUAAAGUACGUAUCUGGUUGAAUCUGAAGAAAACUGUUGAAUAAAAGGAAAAACAACAAGUUGGUAAAUAGGAUACGGUGAACUGCAAAACACGGAAAGUCAGUUAGGUGUAAAUCACGAUUGCUCCAUAAGAAAACAAAUUAUAUUGCUGAAAUCGCGUAUUUUUAUUUUACAAAUUGUGAAGAUUUUGGUGUGUGUUUUUAAUUAUCUCUGCCUACAGUAUGAAACAUAAGUCAGGUAAGACAGACCAGGUAUUGUUCGUUUGUCUCUGGUUGUAUGUACGCUUUUUCCAGAGGACUUGGAUGUUAGUGACUGACCAAGUUUGUUGUAGUAUUCGAUAUUGUUAAUAUUAUUCAUUUAUAUGUACUAAACUUGGCACAUCCAAAGACAGUACUUCGGCAGGUUAAAUAAAUAUAUCACUUUUAAACAAUAACCUUUUUGUCAUUUCAACGGUGUAUUCACCACAAAAGAAAUGAAGAGCAUUCUUCUUCUUUUUACAAUGAAAUGUCUUUUCGUACAUUAUUUUAAGUACCAUAAAAAUAAGAACGAAAAAGAAAGUUUAAUCAGCGCUUAAAGUAAAAAUCAUUGCAAUAUAUAAACAUGUAGUCUCAAGAUGGGUAUUGCUAGUAUUGAAUGAUUGUUAUCUUAUAAUUAUAAUUAAUUUGUUUACACAGACUGUUAUAAUGUUUACG